AUGUCCAGAUCGUCCGAGAAACUGCCUUCGGAGCUCACGUCUGAGGAGUCUUCGUCGGAAUCCCCGCGAUUGUUGGCAAUAUCCAGCCCGUUCUCGAUCUUCUUGCCCUUGAGCCCGUUCAUGAGCCCAAAUCCUUGCUGUCCAAACUUGAACACCUGCUGCGGAGCUUUCUUGUCUUCGUUCGAGAUGAAGAAACAAACAAGAUGUCCGCUGGCAGUCCAAAUAGCUCCACAGCCUUUUGGAACAGGAGUGCUGUCAAACGUUGGCUUGCUGACAUCGGGAACAGCGACCGCGUCAUCGUCAGAAUCGACUCCACUGUCUCUGUCGGAGAUCGAGGAAACAUCAACACUUAUGUCUGAGCCAUUUGCGUCCUCCGCGCAGUACUUGGAAGCAAUCUCGUCUAGGUUGGUGAGCAUCUCUUUGCGGUCUUCCUCGGUCAACUCGUGCGUCUCCUCGAUGGAGAAAUGGGGAAUUCCUUCUGGAGAUGGAAACGCUGAUUCUCUCAAACCGGAUCUUGGGGAACUUGUGACCCACGUUACUGACCUCCUCGGCAAGGUUAGCAGGCAACGAGCUGUCUCCGACCUUGACGUCGAGCUGCUCGACGGCAGACUGGCCAAUACGAAUUCCUGCAAUCCAGUUCAGAUGGUUGAACUGGUCGUUGUGCAACGUGAAACUGCCCCUGCUAGAGAUCAUAUUUGUGUUUCUUCUGCGAAUGAUGAGAUUGUUUUUUGGAGCGACUGGCGGCUCCUGGCGUUCCACUUGACUUGGGAGGCCGCGGCUCUCCAGUCGGACCACGAAUUGAUGGGUUUCCUUGGAGAACGUAGGUCCCACGAGAGUACAAAGGAGUCGACCGAGCAAGUUGCCAGCAGCUCUGGAUGGUGCGGGUGGAAGUUGAUGUCUGUUAUCGCUCUAGUAUGGGAAUGGAGAACAUGUUCUAUUGCGUCAUGGGACGGUCUAGCAAGGUUCCAAACCAUGGCUUUUUGGUUCGACGUAGAAACGACCCACGACGGCUUGCUCCUGUGA